AUGGAUCAGUGGAACAAAUUAAGGUUCCAAGAUUAUAAAAGUGUUGUUGCAUAUAACUCUGCCAUGCACCAAAUUAUUGCACAAUUAGAAUUUUGCGGUGUGGCUAUAACUGAAGAACAGAAAUUGGAAAAAACAUUUUCAACUUUCCAUGCAUCCCAAGUAUUGUUGCAACAACAAUAUAGAAUGAGGGGAUUUACUGAGUACUCUGAUUUGGUCGCAGCUCUUUUGGUGGCAGAACAAAACAAUGAACUCUUGAUAAAAAACCACCAGACACGUCCCACAGGAACAAUAGCAUACCCCGAAAUAAAUGCAACAACAUUUAAUCGUGGGCGUGGUGGCCAUAAUCGUCAUAAAGGACGAGGGGGUAAAGCUCAUUUUGAUGGUCGAGGCAGAAAUCACGGUCGAAACCACUUUCGUGGUAGAGGUCGUGGACGAGGAUAUGUGAAUAAUUAUAGGCCUCCUAAAUAUGACCAAAAUAAUAAGAAUCAUCAAGGUAAAGGUAAAUAUAUCCAAGAAGGUCCUUCAAGGAACCGUGAUGAUAUCUGUUUUAGAUGUGGAAAGAAUGGACAUUGGUCUAAGACGUGUAGGACACCAGAGCACCUGUGUAAAAAAUACAGGGCAUCUGUUGAAGAAAAGGGAAAGGAAGUAAAUUUUAAUGAAGUUGAACCCAAUAAUGAUACUACCUACCUUGAGGCUGCUGAUUUUUGUGUAAUAUUUGGUUAUUGA